GCGCCGCCCGCGCAGCAUCCUCCCAACUGACCUCCCGCUCCCGCCCGCUGCGGCGCUGAGCCCCUGCAGCCAGCCAAGACAGUCGCUGCGAGGGCAGGAGGAGACGAAGACCCCGCCCAAGGGUCCACAUGGCCGCUCCCUGCCGGCGGCUCUCCGCCGAGCUCUCCCGCAGCGCCCGGGACUCCGAGCGGCUCUGAGCUGCUGCGCCCGCGGACAUCGACCGAGAGGGCGGCGGAGUCGCGGACAGGAACCGGAGGAGCAGAGGCGGCGGCGGCGGUGGCUGAUCCUCCCAGAGGGCGAUGUGGCCGGCCGGCGCGGGCACCAAGCUGCCCUGUCCCCGGGACUCUGCGCUCCGGCGGGCGGCGUUCUCCGGGAACCUCACCGCCCUGCCUUCUCACCUCGUGCCAGCCGGCCGCAGCGUCCGGGUCUUCAUCAGCGCCAACCCUGAAGAUACAGGAGCAGAAAGACAGGCACUGAGAGAAAACGUGUAUCCAAAACUGAGAGAAUUCUGCAGAGAAAACUAUGGAUUGGAAUUUCAGGUGAUAGAUCUGUACUGGGGAGUUGGUGAAGAUGAAUGGGACAGCCCUGAGCUCCAGAAGAUGCGCAUGAAGCUGCUGGAGGACUGCUUGAAAACUUCUGCAGGUCCAUGUUUUGUUGGACUAUUAGGUGAAAAAUACGGCAAUAUUCGAAUCCCCGGGGAAGUUGAAGCUUCAGAGUUUGAAAUGAUUUUGGAUGCUGCCAUCGAGGCAAAACUGGAGACCAAGCUCCUGGAGGAGUGGUACUGUCGGGAUGAGAACUCAGUGCCAGCUGCUUAUUACCUCAGACCCAAGUCAGAGAUGCUGAGAAGCAAUAAACACGCAAUGCAGCCUCCUGCUAGUGCUGAAAAUGAAAAGUCAUGGCAAGCGAUUUCAGAGGAACUCAAAGCAAUAUUUAAGGCUGCUGUCAAACUGCUACAUGAACAGGGUAAAAUGAAGCACGGCCAGGCUAAGAGGUAUCUGUUCUCAGCCAUCGAGGAUGAGUUUGACUUUGCACUAGGAAAGCAAACCCCAGCAUUCCUAAAGAAGUGUGUGUGUUAUAUCAGGAAGAUUGCUAACAUUGAGCGCUUUGUGAAAAUCCCGGAGAUGGGAAAAUACAUGGAUAUAACGGGAACAGAACCGAGGAUUAUCCGGGACCCUGAAGCCCAAGAGAAGCUGAUGAAACUCAGGGAUGAGUUCAUUCCUACUGUCGUUGCAUCCUCCAAUCUGAGAGUAUACACAUCUGUUACUCAUUGUGACAUGAAACUGGGUUAUUCUCAAGAGAUAGAAAAUCAUUACAUAGAAGGACUCGGUAAGCAAUUUUAUGAGGACAUGAUUGACAUAAUUCAGGCAACAGUACAACAGAAUUUUGACACAGAAACUGAUACACUGUAUGAUGAAAUCCUUCAGCACUCAUCGUUAUGUAAAACAUAUGCCUCCUUCUAUGAAUACAAAUGUGAAUCUCUGAACAUCUUGCACAAAUACGUCCUUCCAAGCAAAACCGGGCACAUCAACCCUCUGGUUGUGUAUGGUGGGCCGUGCACUGGGAAGACUCUUCUGCUAGCUGAAGUAGCAAAGAAGGCUUAUGGCUGGCUACAUGAAGAUACAGGACCAGAAUCUGACCCAGUAGUCAUUGUGAGAUUCCUAGGGACCACAGACAUGUGUACUGAUCUGAGGACUCUCCUUCUAAGUGUUUGUGAGCAACUGGCAGUCAACUAUCGUUGUAUGGUUCAAAGCUAUCCUAAGAAGAUCCACGACCUCUGUGAUCUAUUUAUAAAUCUGUUGAAUGAAUCUUCAUUGCAGAGACCCCUGGUGAUAAUAUUUGAUGCCCUAGAGCAGCUCUCAGAGAACGAUGAAGCCAGGAAGCUCUGGUGGCUGCCAGCUCACCUGCCCCGCUUUGUGCGGAUUGUCCUCUCCACACUGCCCAACAAACACGGGAUCCUGCAGAAACUAAGGUGCCUUAUCCAUGAAGAAGACAACUACAUUGAGCUGAUUCCCCGGGACAGGAAGAUGUGCAGCCAGGUUCUCAAACACCAGUUGCUGAGGGUCAAGAGGAAGGUCACAUCGGGCCAGCAGAUUUAUGUAAACAAUGCAUUCUCUAAGUGCACGCUGCCCAUGUUUGUGAACCUGACUUUCAGGGAGGUGAGACACUGGAGAUCUCACAAAGAUGUGGAUGAAUCCUCCCUCUGUGUCACUGUUCAUGAAAGUAUAGAGCAAUUAUUCUGGUCCUUGGAGAAGAAGUGUGGUCAGAAACUGGUCUCCAGGGCUCUGGGUUACAUUACCAUGGCCAAAAUGGGUUUGAGUGAAAUGGAGUUGGAGGAUGUGUUAGCCUUAGACAACAGUGUUAUGAAUGAGCUCAACGAGACCACCAGACCCAGCAAUCCCCUGAGAGUACCUUACCUGUACAUUGCAAGGCUCAAGGAGGGCCUCAACGGAUACUUAAUAGAAAGACACGUGAAGAAUGUCACACUCUUGGUCUGGGCCAACAGACAUCUGCAGCUUAUAGCUCAGAAGCUGUAUCUGCAGAACGACAGCAACCUGCGUGAGAUGCACACCAUCCUGGCAGAUUAUUUUCUGGGGGUGUGGUCAGGUGGCAGGAAGAAAGCCUUCUGUCUGGAAGAUCCCUACUUGAAUGGCUGCCUCGACUUGGAGAACAGAAGCCUGCUUGAAGAAGAAAAGCACUUCAUGGAGCAGGCUUCCUUUGACAGGCAGGCUCCGGACCAGCCCUGGGUUUUCCAGUGUAAUCCACUAGAGCCUGACAUCUUCUUUGUCAAUCACCGGAAAAUGUCUGAGCUCUUGUAUCACCUGACAAGGUGCGGGAAGACUGACGACCUGCUUUAUGGAAUCAUCAUGAAUUUCAGCUGGCUCUAUACCAUGAUCAAAAUUGGUCAGUUUGACAAAGUGCUUGCAGACAUAGAACUGGCUUACAACUACUCACAAGAAAAGGAGCUGAAGUUCCUGGCCAGCACCCUCCGCAGCAUCAGGAACAAGGUCAUCGCGUUUCCAGGCUCCCUUUCAGCUGAGCUUCAACAGAGGCUUCUGCCUGUUGUGAGUUCCCUGCCCAAACUGAGACACCUUCUUCUAGAAUGUGACAAAGAUGGACCCAAAUACUGCUCCAUUGUUCCUCUGCAUUCAUCCAUGGAUGUGACAUACAGCCCUGAGCGUCUUCCCUUAUCAUCCAGUCACCUGCAUGUCACGGAGAUUCUGCCUACCUGUAACCCCAGCACCGUUCUCACAGCUUUAGAAAAUGGCUCCAUCAGCACAUGGGAUGUAGAAACACGCCAGCUGCUCAGGCAGAUCACAACAGCCCAGUCUGUCAUCCUCGGCAUGAAGCUCACCAGUGAUGAAAAGUACCUUGUGGUUGCUACAACGAAUAACACCUUGUUAAUUUAUGACAAUGUCAAUUCCUGCCUCCUGUCUGAGGUGGAAAUCAAAGGGUCCAAGCAUGGAAGCAGCUCUACUUACAUCAAUGGAUUCACACUCUCUGUCAAGCAUGCCCUGGCAUGGCUGGAGGCCAGCAAAGAUGUCACUGUCAUUGAUCUGCUCUAUGGUUGGCCUCUUUACCAGUUCCACUGCUGGUAUGAAGUCACUUGUGUCCAGUGCUCAUUGGAUGGGGCAUAUGCUUUCUGUGGCCAGUACCUGAACACUACCACCAUUUUUCACUUAGGCAGUGGAGAAAAGCUAUGUACAGUGACAUCAGAAUUUUCAGGUGGGUUUGUGAAGUUUCUCCUCAUCUUAGAUGCAGCCCAGGAGAUGGUCAUGGUUGACAGUGAGGGAAGCCUGUCUGUUUGGAGCACAGAGGACAUGUCCAACCCCCAGCUGACUGAUGACUUUGACUGCCGAAAAGAAGACAGCGAGGUGGUUGGCAUUGAACUUUCAGAGGACCAAAGUGCGAUUCUGAUCUGUAAGGCUCUCAGCAUUGAGCUCUUAGACACUGGCAUGUGGAAGGUGGCUGAAAAGUUCAGAGCUAAGCACAAUGAACGCUUUAUAUCUGCCGUGCUAUCCAAAAACGGAGACUGCAUCAUCGCGACCAUGGAGAAUACCGCAGCUGUGUUCUUCUGGAGACGGGACACGGGGCAGUGUAUGGCAAGCUUACAGGAAGUCUCAGGUACCAUCGUUAAGUUAGUGAAAUCUAGCCACCACAAUAUGCUACUAUCUUUAUCAACCAGUGGUGUUCUUUCCAUUUGGGACAUAGAUAUAAUCACAGCUAUGUCCAACAUAGAUAAGACUGGAAAACCCAUCCAGAGCCUGGUGUUGCCCGCCAGAGGGGAAAUCAUUUACUCUCUCGAUGGCUCUGAUUGCGUACACAAGUGGAACUUCAGCAGUGGGUUCAUUGAAGCGGUAUUUAAGCACGAAGGAAUAGUUGAACACUGUGUGUUAACAUCCGCUGGAGACGUAAUGGUGACAUCAGACGACAAAAGCAGCCAGUACGUCUGGCACACCAGCAGCGGGGAAAACCUCUUUCGAAUUAAUGGGCAGCGAAUAUCUCAGCUGCUGAUCACACACAAUGACCAGUUUGUGGUCUCUCUCUGUGAGGAAAAUGCCUCAAGGGUUUGGAGACUGGCCACAGGCCACAGGGUCUGCAACAUCCUGACCACUUUGCAAAAUGCCUUUAUUACCUCUGCAAACACCUUCGUGGUUGGAAUGACUAAAAGCAAAGUGUUGGCAGUCAGCCUCUGGACUGGCAGCAUCACCAAGAAAUUUUGCUGUGAAGAUGGGACCACCAUUGUGAACUUUAAGUUGAUCCCUGACUGUCCUGACAUCAUUGUAUUUAUCACAUCUGCCGAGACUGUGAACAUCUGGAGUCUGACCGAUGAAGUGAUCUGCCGUCGUGUGCAGCUCCCAAGCAACUUCUUGAAAAACCUGGAAGAUUUUGAAAUUUCUCCCAAUGGAAAGCUGGGCAUUAUAUCCCGGGGAGAUGAAAAUAUCAACGUAUUGGAUUUACACAGUGGUAAGUUGCGGGUGGUUCAUGCCUCUGGGGUCAUCUGGCGGCAAAGGCUCUCUCGAGAUGGUCGCUACCUGGUAUACAUUUGUUUCCGAAACGGGGAGGAAGAGGAAGAAAAUGAUGCUAUAUCGAGCUUGAUUGUAAUGAGACUGGCUGACGGCAAAAACAUCGGUGCUUGUUCCCUUUACAAAACACCCACUUUUCUUGCACUGUCUCAGAGGCACCUGCACAUCAUCGUCGGCUUUGAUGACGGGAGCAUAGGGAUAUACACAGUUGUGGACCGUGUAGAUGCUGCACUGAAAAUUAAAAUUGCCACUUCAAAUAGCAGGCAGAUUUUCAACAAUGCAACACAGCCAUCCAGGCCAAAGUCUAAUAAUUAUUCCUUUAAAGUGUCUAUAGAUUGCUUAUGGAGGGAGUCUACUGAGGUCUUUGCCAGAGACAGCCCCAUCACAGUAAGUGACUCCUCAGAGUCCAACGAAGCAACACCCUCCAAGAAACACAACUCUUGUUAUGACAGGGUGUGCUCGGCCCUAGAGUCCCGGGGACACAGCUACACACCAGAUAACUGACAAGAUGUUUAUUCUGCUCAGCUGAAAAACAUAAUCCACAUACAACAGAGAGAGGCAAAGUGUAGCUUCUGUAUCACAAAUGAUAAUCUGUUCAUUUCUGAGACGAUAGAAGGAGGCUGGAAUUCCCGGUUUGCUAGCAUGCUCAUGAAACAAACUAAACUGUGAGACUUGCUCCAGUGCCAUCUUUUUGCCAAGGUCUAUCACAGACAUAGAGAAUUUCUAGAAGUGAUAUUUAAGUAUCUAUUUCACAUAGAAGAAAGGGGGUAAAGGUUUUAAAAUCAGCUGUGUGGUAAGACGUAGUACAAUUCACUAUAUCUGUUUAGAUGAAAGAAGCUAGUUAAACGGACCAGUUAGAUUGUAAUUAGUUCUACAAAGGUCAGUUAAAAUCACAAGGACAAAGAGCUAUGUGUCUGUGAACAGUGGUGUGACAGCAAAUGCAGCCUUAAUCUCUCUUUACAUUUCUCAAUCCUGACAACUGUGUAAACCUAGUCUGCACACAAGAGGUCUAAAGGUGCAAAAUCCUAUAACAAAGACGCCCAGAUGUGUUUCCAGUUUCCCAGGAGACGUGACAUGAAAUGUGAGACUGUGAACAGACUGGGACAAGAACUAUCACUCUUAUAGGGCUACUGAACAUUGAGAGUCAGUCUUCAUUAAAAUACAGUUGCAACAAUUGCAUGCAAGGGUUUCUGUAUAAUGGAACAUAUAAUUUUUAAACUACUUUCUUGGAUUGCAAAAGAACCCACUUAAUAAGAAAUCACAAUUUUUUUCACACUUUUUUUGAGAUGCAUAUCUGUGCUAAGUGUAAAGAAGAAUUACAGAAAGGGCAUUACAAAUUUGGUCAAAAUACCUGUUCACUUCUUUCAUUGUACUAACAAGAGUCUGCUAUUCAGUCAGUUGUCUGGAAGCGCAAGUUAUUUCCUAAGCCCCUGCAGUAUCUCUUAAUAGAAAGCAAGCUUUCUGAACAUGCCAUCUCUGAAAUACUAAUGACAUUGCCUUACUCUCUCCUGUGUAAAAUGCAGAUAAAUGACCAAAUACUCUGGGACAAACUGAAUAUGCCUGUCUUUGUGCUAAAAUAUUCCAUAAAUCUUAAAGGUGUCCAAAGGUUCUUAAUGUCCCUGUUUGUAACCCUUUCUUACUUCAACACACUGUAUGUAUGCUCCCCAUCUGUUCUACUUCCAGACUGAGGACUCUUCUGAGCCUUUUAUAAUCUUACCCAUUUCAAAGCAGAUGCUGUGAAAUGGUAU